UAACAUCAAUGCUGGAUGUCCAUUUUGGCCAUGGUGUUGACACUAAUCAUAUCUAUGGCCUUCUUGGCUAUGCUUGUAAUGAAAUAUGGAUAUGGGGCUUCCUACUACUAAGCCUCUUCCCUGGUUGUCCGUCUUAGGAAUAUUUGACUUAUUGACUUGCAUGCUUAGUACAAAAAGCUGGAAGGCAGCCCAAAGAUGUUUUCAGAAUGCACAUAUUGUUCCUAAUCGAACACUGUAUUCUGCUGAUCCAACUGUAUCAUCAGCACCCAUUUUUGCUGACGGAUUAGAUAUUGCAAAGUUUUCUCAAAGUAUAUUGUGGUGAUUUGGGCAAAUGCCCUGUCAUAGCCUAUGUCAAAUCACACAGCUUGAAUAACCCAGUCUCUGAAUCUUCAGGCAGUAUUUUAAUUAAAUAGUCUAACCAUAGGAGGGUAAGUGUCUGAGGAGGGGAAUGCAACUGAAGAGUUCAGAAUAGAGAGGCUACAUUUUGAGAAAAAGCUGAAAAGAUGUUAUCAGGUGUCUCCUCAUUCUCUUUCACUCACAUCCCUGACACUUUCUCUCACUAUCAGAUCUGUCUUUAGGCGUAACCUUGUUGCGUAUUGAAAAAGAGAAAUGAAAUAUUCAGCAGAAAAGCAGUUGGCUCCCGCAGGGUCUCUCUCCUCCCACAGUAUACUUUCUUCUGCCUCUCACAAUCCCCCUUCUCGCUCUCUCUGAUAAUAUUCUCGAUGGAGACAUUGCUGAAUUCUACAUUUGGUGUUUUAUCGACGCUGUCUCGUCCCUGGACACGUUUUGUUUUCUGCUGGUGGUGUUUUAAAAGCCAGUGUUCAUCAAAUAUGCAUCAGUCCAAGACUCAUUUUUCUCCUGUUUUAAUGUAUUAACAUGCUCUGAGGGAGAGGAGGCUGGACCUGAGGGAAUGUUGAGGCAGCCCACAGCUUAGAGGAUGGAGAGUGUCUGAGAGGAAGACAGAGGAUGCAAGACUGGGGCUGGCAAGAAAGUGCCUCACCACCGCCACCUCUUGACCAUGCUGAGUGUGUGUACAGUCGUCCUGGUGGUUGCUGCUGCAGCCCUCGCCUCAGCAGACUCCGACAGACACGACUCCAACCUGGAGAUCUACAAGCGUCUGUUCGAGACCAAGAGGAAAGACCAGCUAAAUGCUCUGAAGAACCUGGUGGAGCUCAAUGACAUCAACCAGCAGUAUAAGAUCAUAGACAUCAUGCUGAAGGGCUUGUUUAAGGUGUUGGAGGACUCGAAGGCUGUCCUUAUUGCAGCCAACAUGCAGGCUGAUGAUCCCUUCCCCAUGGAUGACAAAAUCAAAGAAGCCUACUCCCAUGUGGUGGAGAACACUGCGUUCUUUGGGGACGUGGCGUUGCGUUUCCCACGUAUUGUCCACCACUACUACGACCGUAACCCUGACUGGGGCGUCCUUCUGCGAUGGGGGCUCCGCUUCUGCAACCUGACUGGGGUGUUCACCGGGGGGGCACACCAGCAUGUUCUCUCACUGAUGUCGCAGGAGUUAGGAAUAAUAGAGAAAUCCCCAGCCUUCACCAACCCAUACCGCACUGAGAGAGACGACGUGCUUCACACUGCAGAGGCUUUUCAGAAGAUCCUGAGGGAGGAGGAGAAGAGGAGGAGGAAAGAGGACAAGAGGAAAGAGAUUAGGAAGGGGCCCCGCAUCUCCCGCUCCCGUACUGAGCUAUAGUACUUUACCUCAACUCUUGGAGAGAAAUGAUGAGGAGAAGGAAAAUGUAGAGGGAUGUCCUGAGUUCUAGAUUCAGUGAUGGAGAGGUUGGGUCUUGGAACCGGUGAGUUCUGUCGAAGGGAUAGAGUGGCAGCAGAACAUUUGAGAGGGAACUAGAAGUGUUUAUGUGGCACAGGAACAAACUGGAGAGAAGGAAUCCGACUUACUGUAUACAGAACUGUGCCCAAUCUGCAGUUAUUAUGAAACAAAGAACAUGCAGCUAGCACUAUGUUGAAGAUUUAAUAAGGAAAGAUAAUUUUCAUAAAUAGAUUACAUAACUGUACUUUGGAAGAAACAGCAAAUACCCAAUAUGUUAUCUUUUUUUGUGAAUAGAUUCAAUUCAAUUUACUACCAUACAAUAGUUUUGAUGGUGGCAUUUGUACGUAUGAGUUUACAUUCCCAUUCAACAAGCCUCAAAAUAUAAAGCUUGAAUAUGUUGAAUUGUGUUUUGUGUUUAAGUUUUCCUGUCACCUUCUCCAGAGUUAGCAGAUUUAUAUAAUGAGAUUUUCAUGAGUUUGUUGAAUGGUCCUACUCUAGGUGUAUCCUCUUGAUUUGCGGUACAAGUGUUGAUUGCAGAACCAUUUUUCAUGAUGUCUGCCACUUGCUUUCCUAGAGCCGAAUGCUUUCCCAGAGCCGAAUGCUUUCUUAGCUCUCUCUGUGUGUGACUGUCCGCAUGAGUGUUAAAUGGGGUUUGGUCACUUUAUGAUUUUAAAUAAAACUAUUUUACAUAUUAUUUUGUCUACAAUCAGGGAGGGAUAAUGUCUUAGCGCUGUGUCUUUUGGCAACCACUCAUCAGCUUAAACUUCUAUGUCACAUUUGUUUCUGUCCAUCUGAUGGCCAUAAUGAAAUGUCAGAACAGCGGUCCCCUAGAACAAUGCCUUUUAAAAAAUAUAUAUUUUGGCGUAUCUAGGGAAGAUCUCAAUUCCAUUCUUCUCCUGUCCUGUCUCCUCAAAAUCCAUUCAAGCAGAAAUCCCUCCUCUCUGACCACCUAUGGGUUUUGGGAAAGCCAGAGGAUGCGAGGAUGUUUUGUUCCCUCUGACAUUUUGAGGAAGGAGAAGAGGGGAGGGAAAAGACCUAGAUGACUUUUCGGAGAGCAAGGAGGAGGAUGUGUCCUUAGCCACAGAGCUCCGUCUUGUCCUGAUCGGAAAGACAGGAUCAGGGAAGUGUGCCUCUGGGAACACCAUCCUUCGGCCGCAGGCACUUCCUGUCAGAGCUCCGUGCCAGCUCAGUCACCCAAGUCUGUGAACAAGGCAGCGCAGACCUGACUGAGGAGGAGGAAGGACAAAAGGUCAGGAGGAAGAGGACAAGAGUGGUGGUGGUAGACAUGCCAGGUUUUGGAGACACACGCUUCGAUGCUGAGCAGACUCAUUCUGAAAUAGCCAAGUGUGUGGCACUGUCUGCCCCGGGCCCCCAUGCAUUCCUCCUGGUGAUCCCACUGGGUCGCUACACUGAGGAUGAGGACCGAGCCAUGUGGGAGAUGGUCCAUAUAUUUGGGGAGGGGGCGGUCCAUGACCACACACUAGUCCUGUUCACUCGUGCUGAUGACCUAGAAGGUAGGGGUAUGGAGGGGUACCUCGGAGCCAGCGCCCCGGUGGAGCUGAAGACUAUGAUAGAGAGAUGUGGGGGCAGGUACCACGUCUUCAACAACAGAGACCCCAGUGAUCUGCACCAGGUUGUAGGGCUGCUGGAGAAGGUGGAGAGGAUUGUGGAAGAGAACAAUGGAGGCUUCUACACCAACUCUAUGUUCAGAGAGGCUGAGGCUGCCAUUAGGAAGGAGCAGGAGAGGAUGGCGAGAGAGGGGAGGGAGAAGGCAGGGAGAACAAGAUGGCCAAAAGACGGAAGUGUGAUCUAGAACGACGUGAGAGUGGGUGGGAUGAGAGGAGGGGGCAGCUGUGGGAGGUUCAGGAUUAAGGAAGAGAGACCUGGAGAGAGGAGGAGUAAAUGAGGAGGGAUGGAACGUGGAGAGAUGGACAGAGGAGAGGAAAGGAAGUGCUGCUAGCCUCCCGAGGGACAGAGGGGACAGGUGGAGGGAGCUGUUCAGGACCAGGCAGCGGGGCAGCGACAGGGCCUUGAGUAGGAGGCAGUCUUUCCUCUCUGCCCUGGGGCAGUUCAGGAGAGAGGCUGCCCUUUCUGAGAAGGUCCUAGAGAAAGUGAAGAUCCUGGUGGCUGCUGGAGCCACUGGCAUGGUCGUGGGGGCAGUGUUCGGGGCGGCUGCCCCUCUAGCUGCAGCGGCGGGAGCUGCAGCCAUGGGGAACACUGUGGGCAUUGCUGCUGGGCAACUGGCUGGGAUGUCGGUGGCAGGCGGCACAGGGAUGGGAAAAGCUGUGGGCGCCAUAUUGGCAGCAGCCACAGGGAAAACAGCCAUGGCUCUCGGGGCAGCGACCGGAUGAGUGCUGGGGGGAUCUGUGGGCGCCCUAGCUGGGGCAGAAGCUGCCAGUCCUGGGGCAGCUGCAUUGGAUGCUCUAGGGCAGGUGAGCCUGAUUGGGACUGCAGCAGUAGGAGUUGCAGCAGGGGUGGGGGGUGCCAUGGGGGCAGGAGCGGCCCUGGGGGCUGCUCUGGAAGGUGCAGCUGUCAGCACAACUGCCCUGACAGGGGAGGGCACCGCAGCAGGGGCAGUAGGUGUGGCUAAUGCUACUACUAUUGGCUCAGUAGCAGCUGGGCAGCAAGCUGUGGCCACUGGGGGCAGUGUUGCAGCUCAAGCUGUUCAGUGUGCAGCCACCGCUGUGGCAGAUGGGGUGGCUGCAAGUAGGCCUCUGAUUCAGGCCGGUGGGGUGUGUGGAUCUGCAGGGCGGGUUGUUCCUGGUGCCUGGGGCUCCAUGGGAGUGACAGCAUGCAUUAUGACAGCGGUGGCAGAGAUAGGCAAGGCUGCAGCGGGAAUUGCCCUGGCAGGAGGGCUGGUGGUGAAGGUAGUGAAGGAGAGGCUCAGGAACAGGAACAGCAACAGCUGAGCAGACACCAACUACACAAAGAAGUCCUAUGAGAUCUACUGGAACAAAUAAAGGACAGUUAGGCCUGCCAUACCACCAGACCACAGAAGAAAAAGACACUCUCAGGACCUUUCAAAAUGUGGAUUCAGGUUCAAUCAUUAAGCAACUUAUCACAAUUAUCAAUAAAAGCACGUUGCAAGUCUUUGUUCCUUUUACUGGCAGUGGAUGGUGUGAUUUCCUCUAUUCCCUGUUAAUAAACUAUAGCUCUUCUCCAGUGAAGUGUCUUCCCACAAUAUUACUGAACUAUCGUUUUAGCUUUGUUCAAGCACUUACUGUGGUUAUUUGAGCUUUUUAGUAUGCACUUACACCAUUUGUAUGAUUACUUGUGAUCCUAUAGUUAUUUUUAAUUCAUUAUAGAAUAUGGGUUUCCACUGUAUUCAGUCAAAUUAGUAGUUAACUAGUUGUCUUUCAUUAAAACCGUAAUCUAUUUCUGUAUGCAAAUUUUAUAAAUCCACCGAUAUAAUCUACAACUAAGGGUCCAGUAUUACAAAACAUGUUUUUUUGCUCUUAUUCACAACUGAAAUGAUGUACUGUAUGACACACAUUCACAUGAUGUAUUCAGUUGCGGUGUUGUGGCUUUUUGAAGGGGAAAGAAUUGAAAUGCAUAAUAAAAUGAAAUCUGAUAAAAAUGUC